GCAGGCGAUCCCCACCGCCGCCAUGCCCGCGAGGAGGCCCCCGUCGCCGCCCUGCCCUACGGGAGGCCUCUACCGCCGCGCUGCUCUGCAGGCGAUCCCCACCGCCGCCAUGCCCGCGAGGAGGCCCCCGUCGCCGCCCUGCCCGCCAGGAGACCCCUACCGUCGCGCUGCUCUGCAGGCGUUCCCCACCACCGCCCUGCUCUACAGGAGUUCCCCGCCGCCGCCCAGGGAGAUCCCGGCGGCAGCCCUCCCCUCCGGCAAGACGCGGUUCUCGCCCGAGAUUUAUGUGGAGAAAGAGGGCUACUACCUCUUGGAAGAUGCGGAGGGCUAUUUUUUCCGCGAGUCAGAUGGUUGCUACUACUUCUUCCAGUGUUUCAAAGGGGAGGGCUACUAUUAUCAUAGCGAAGAAAGCGAGUACUUUCACGCCGGAGAGAGCUUAUACGUCCAGGAGUAUGGGCUGGAGACCCUUGAUGCUCAUUUACAGAGACUCGCCCUUGAUGGCGACUACGGCGGCGAGGUGGGCGAGGGCCUCCAUCACCAUGGCGACUUUGACAAGCUGGGCCUCGACGGCGACUUCGACAAGCUGGGCCUUCGCUUGCACAUGCAGGAUGACUACGGCCUGCAGACUCUUGACACUGAGUUACAGAGACUGGCCCUUGAUGCCGACAACAGCGGCAAGGUGGGUGAGGCCCUGGGCAGUUGUGGUAAGGUGUCUGGCAAGGUGGCCCAGGGCCUCCACGGGAACUUCGACAAGCCGGGCCUUCACAGGGACUUUGACAAGCUGGGCCUUCGCUUCCACAAGCAGGGCCAGGGCCUCCACGGAGACAGCGACAACCUGGGCCUCCGCUUCCACAAGCAGGGCCAGGACCUGGAGGAGCACUGCAAGGGGGUCCAGGUCCCGGAUGGUCACUGCAAGGGGGGCCAGGUGCUGGACGACGACUUCGUUGAUGGCGACUCUCCUUGUUUGAAGGCUCUUGAGGCUUCAGGAGUCUCUGGGCGUCGUUUGUUUGCUCGGCGUGUCUAGUUCCUGAAAUCAUCUUGAAAUGUUUGUUGUUGAAACUUCUGUGCGGUAGUCUGUAGACCGAACGUGGCAAGCUACUGUUGUAGCAAUCUAGCAAUCUGAUUUGGAUUUUAUAGCUGUAUCCUCAUUCUACUUCCUACCAAGUGGUAUUAAGAUCUUAGCAGCCGAGACUAAUCUGCACAGAGUAAUGCCUUGUUGUGAUUGUAUAAGAAUUGUCGAAGUUAAAGAAACUCUUUAAUUGCAA